UCAAGAUGUCAGCGCCCAGUGUGCGGCGGGCGUGAAAACUACGGUUUGCCACAUAAUCGCUUUGCUAAGGUCAUUUAGACAGUUCAUGUAUAGUAGGUUACAGGGUCAGACAAGAACACAGUUUUUUACGAUUUUUUUAAUACGCUUGAAGCUACAGGUUGGUCUUCAUGCCGUAUUCGGGUGGGAAGCACUUGUCCAUCCUGUGACAGAGAUCAUGAUGUUUGAACAGGAGGACUGGGCGUCUAACAAAACAGCUGAUGAUUUAUCCAGAAAGUUAUUCUCUAAGGAGAAGCGUAAGCGUGAAGAACCAGGUGAAACCAAGAGUGCUAAACUUUGUAAGUUGGAUUCAGUUGAGCAGGUGCAGAGGCCUAAAAAGCGAAAAAAUAAAGGUCAUGAUGAGAUGGAUGCUGAUAACUACAAGACAAAAACAAAACAUCAGAAAACAAGCUACAGAGGAUCUGUGAUUAGUGAAAAACAUGAAGACAUGAAACAAGAUUCACAACCAAAGUUGAAAUCUGCAAAGAAGAAAAAGAUUCAAGCACUUGAAAAAUCAAAAAGUCCUGUCUUCAAAACAAAAUCACCCAGAAAUAAGUAUAAACAUCUAGCAAUAAAGAAACAGGACAAAAAGGAAGUUAAUGCUGUUGAGAAGACAAAAGAGUCCAAGAAAAGCUUAGGAGAAGCUGAAAAUCCCCCUGUGAUAACAAAGGAUGUAAUGUUAAAGAGGAAGCUGAAAAGGAAAAAACUUAAAUCCACUGAUGUGAAGGUGUCGCCUCAGAAAAAUGGAAAGCCAGAAAAUGCUGUAAAGCAAACCAAGCGCAAGAGGAAACGGAAAAAGAAAAACAACCCCAAAAAGAACAAGUACAGACAUUUGGUUUUGUUAAAAUAUGGUGAACAAGGAGUGGGUGAAAAAGGUGUUGCUGCAGAAGUCAGUGAAGAAAUCCAGUCAAAACCUGCUAGAAAGAGUCCGACAUCACGUGGUCAAGCUCACUCUUUUGAUGUCACAAGGCUGAAACAGGCUCUGGUCACAAGUAUUCAUAAAUCAGAGGAUCAGCAGGAAAAGACCACUGAAUCCAAACCAGUUACAACAAAGAGGUUGAAAACAGAAAGGAAAACAGAAAAACCAGAGGACGCAGAGAAAGGGGUGAAGAGGGGUGGAUCAACAUUGAAGGAGAAAGUGACUGCGAAGCUUACAUCUGCUCGUUUUCGUUUCCUGAAUGAGCAGUUGUAUACCCAAACAGGACAGGAAUCGUACAACCUGUUUGCUGAAGAUGAGGAAGCUUUUCUUGUAUACCAUGAUGGAUUUCAGAACCAGGUGGAAAAGUGGCCUUCAAACCCACUGGACUCCAUUAUUAAAUAUAUCAGCAACAAACCUCCAUCGUUGAUUGUAGCAGAUUUCGGCUGUGGUGACGCCAGGCUGGCUCAGAGCAUCCCCAAUAAAGUGCACUCAUUUGACCUCGUGGCAUUGAAUGAGCAUGUGACAGCCUGUGACAUGGCCAAGGUUCCCCUCAAGAAGCGGAGUGUAGAUAUCUGUGUGUUUUGCCUUUCUCUGAUGGGAACCAACCUGGUGGAUUACCUGACAGAGGCCAAUCGCAUCCUGAAGACAGGUGGCAUACUGAAGAUUGCAGAAGUCAGCAGUAGGUUUGACAGCUUGCCACAGUUCAUUGACAGUCUUAAGAAGUUGGGUUUUAGUUCAAUAAAUCAGAAUACUCCCAGUAGGAUGUUUGUGCUGCUGGAUUUCAAGAAGGUUUCACACCCCCAAACCACGGCAUUAGCAUUAUCAUUAAAACCUUGUGUUUAUAAGAGACGUUGACCUUGACUAGUCAGAAGGUGAUGUUGCAGCGCUAACAGAUCUUUAAAAUCACAAUGUUUUAUGUCAUGGUCAUGUGAAAGGUUGGCUCUUUUUUUUUUUUGAUUUCCUCAGAAUCCAUUAACUCUUAUUUUGCCGAUGAAUCUAGAAUGACUACGUGU